AUGAAGUUGGGACAGCUUUCGCCUACGAAGAAUCUCCUUGCACCGCCCAAGACGUUUCAGAAGUCUGAAGACAACAAUGGCCCACGCUCGAGAUCUUCGAGUUUUUCGCGCAUCUUUUCGUCCAGCGAUAGCUCUCCUCGUGCAAGGUCUGUGCCGCCCCCCGAAGAGAUUUCUACUUCAGCGAUUCCUCCAGAGCUCGCACCUAUCGUAACACUUUUGUCAGCACAGGCGCACAGGCGCUAUCAUGAGGGUAUAUUUCUCAUACUAAAGGAUCUCAACAGUGAUGGGUCGCCUGCGGCGCGUACUUGGAAAGAGGUGUACGGUGUUCUAAUCGGGACGCAGCUUGCUUUAUGGGAUGCUCGAGUUUUAGCCGAAAAUGGCGAUAGACCGGAAGAGCUUAUGCGGGCAACGUCAAAACCCACUUAUAUCAAUUUCACAGAUGCCUCAUUCAGACCUCUGGAUCCCAAGGAGGCUGUUAUCGCGGACGGCAAGAAGCAGCUUAAGAAUACCAUUGUAGUAUCAACCACUUUGAAGAAUAGAUAUUUUCUGCAAUUCAGCGACAAAGAAGCAUUUGCACAAUGGCAUGCAUCCUUCAGAUUGAGUGCGUUUGAAUUCACUAGCUUACAAGAGGCCUACACAGGAGCUUUCUUGUCCUCCAAAGGUGCCAAACUUGGAGAUAUUCGAGUGAUCCUUGCGGACACAAAAUUUGACUACGAGGACUGGGUCAGUGUCAGGUUUGGUGCCGGAAUGCCCUGGAAACGGUGCUAUGCUGUUAUUUCGCAGCCACUAAAAAAGAGCAAGAGCAAGCGUAUCUGUGGUGAAAUCAAUUUUUUUGAAAACGAUAAAAAGACCAAGAAAGUUCAAGCUAUGACCACAGUCAAAGAUGCAUCUGCUAUAUAUGCUUUGUAUCCAUCUUCUCCUGUGCUCAUUGAUACUUCCACCAUGAUCAAACUAGAAGGACAUGUUGCUUUUGGCAAGAAAGAUACGCCAACUCCAACAGAUAUUUUCAUUAUGCCGGAAAAGCAUCACGCUGUGCCUGGUUAUGAUACUAUUAUUCGUUUCUUGAUACCGGCAAUGAAUGCUUUCCAACUAUACGGGAGGCCCAAGCGCCUCAUUGCUGACAGGCAUGAUCUCAACUCUCUUCUGUUUGGUCUCCCAACGUUACCACGAGUUCACUUUCUUCAAAAGGAGGACAUUCUGUCCUUUGCUGGCUCACAAUCAAACAUGACGUGGUCUGUUCUGGAAUGGAGAAGUGCUAUAAAAAAUGUUCUACUGAAAAAAAUUGGGCAGGGCUAUACAGGCUGUGGCUCUAGCGAAGGGUUAAAUGGUGCGUUAGCGUCCCCUGCUAUCGGAUCGAAUGAAUUAUUUGAUAGCUCGCCAAUACAAACGUCGCCAUUAUUAGCGUCUGUGUCGAGAUUUCCAUCGGAAAACAAUGCUUCCAAGGCAAGCUUGAGAAAUGCCUCUUCAUCAAAUAAUCCACGCGCCUAUCAUCAAGCGCAAGACAAUUUUAGCAUGAAAUCGGAUUACGAGUACCAGUCAGGGGCUCGGGACGAACCGCAGCCAAGUGGUUUGUCCAUAAGUCAAAAGUCGACGGGUGUGAGGGCCACGCCCACAAUCGAUAUUCAGCAUUCCAACUUUGAUGGUGUCGAAAAUGCUGCUAAUGAAUAUGCGGUGGGGGACGUAUCACGCUCAAGGAAGUCCGAACUGUCGAACAUUUAUGAUAAAUAUUCCCAGGUACCUUUUGGGACUUCAGCGGAAGUAGCCCCGCCCACAAUGUUCGACGACGAGGAUCGCAACUCCGUUGGUGCCUAUGAUGACUAUAUGGGCUCCCCAAAGGUCAAAAAUCUAGACAUUUCAAACUUGCGGGAUUCUAAUAGUACGGAUCAAACUGAGAUUUCCCACGCUUUGAAUGGCCAAGCUACUGCCGGUAGGAGAAGCAAUCGUAGUAGCUAUAAUUCGGAGAGCCGAAACUCCUAUACACCAGAACCUGCGAACAAUGAUGUUUUGCAAGAUUUCUACAGCUUAUCACAACAAAUCUCCAAAGUAGGAUUAGAAAACAGGCAAUCAGAUGAGGUAAAAACGUUGACCAAAGCCCGUGGGGACGAUUUCAACUUUGAGGUAACAGGAACUGGUUCCAGCUCCCUAGAUAACGUAUUCGAUCCCGACUAUUUGGAACAAAAUCAAAUGUUGGAUGACGAGAGUCAUUACACUGCGAAUGAAAGUAAAUUUCACUACAGCAGUGAAAAUCUGAGCCAGAGAUCUAUUAGCGGUUCAGAUACAGUGCCUUUCUCCUCUCAGCAACCUACUGGAUAUGGACAGCCACAGAUUAUGCCCAAGCAAAGAAAAGCGCAGCAGAUUGUGACACCCAACGCCCAAACAUUUUCUCAGAGCCAACUGAGCCUUCCUGGAGGCCCAACCUCGAAUUCUGCCGAGAAUGCGAUGAGGUUGAAGCACUCGCCUGUAUAUUCUGACCUUAAUGCGGUUGGGACGGGAGAUGCCCACAGUUCUCCAUUACAUAGCAAAAACCAGCCAGCUGGUGCUUAUGGUGGCCCCUUCCGUGCGGCAGCCCCUCGGGGGCAACAUAUAGGAAUGCAACACAAGCCUUUGGGCCACCAGAUGCCCGCGGCCCCGCAAAUGGGCCCCGGUCCUAGAGCUUAUUCCCCAGCUCAACCAUCUGGAAUGCCCAAUCCUUACCAUCGGCCAGUGCCACUUGGGACCGGACCGCCUCCAGCAGUGUCGUAUCCUAUCAAUCGGAGAGCGAGUCCAGGCUACAGGUCUGCGCCUCAGAAGCCACUACACAUUCCUGCUCCCAAUUAUCAACCAGCUCCGGGGCAAUCGAAAUCUCAAGCACAGAAACCUCGCUCUCCCAUGACAGGAGGCUUUUCUCAGUUCAUGCCAGCAACUGCAAACAAUCCCAAUCCAUACAGCGCUAACCCGUAUCAGCAGCAGUGA